CAACUCCUCUUUACCUGUCAUGUUUUGGAUUUACGGAGGUUCAUACGCCAGUGGUUCUGGUGAUUUUAACUAUUACGAUCCCACACCCCUUGUCCAAGAAGGUGUAAUCGUGGUCACCUUUAAUUACAGACUAGGUUCUUUUGGAUUUUUGUCGACUAAGGAUACCGUAAUAUCAGGCAAUGCUGGAUUGAAAGAUCAAUUACUGGCUUUGAAAUGGACUAAAAACAAUAUAGGCUAUUUUGGAGGAAAUCCUGAUAAUAUAACCAUAUUUGGUGAGAGUGCGGGAGGUAGAUCAGUGGGUUUUCACCUUAUCAGCCCAAAAUCUAAAGGAUUAUUCAACGCAGCCAUCAUGCAAAGCGCCAACGCACUAAGCUAUUUUUAUACCAAUAAUCUAAAAGACGUAGCCUAUAAACUGGCGAAAAAAUUUGACACCAGCGUAACGUCAAGCAGCAGUUCCACUGAUGUUAAGAAAGUUUUACAAGCUGUGCCAACCGAUGAUCUUUACCAAGCUGCAAGAAACUAUACAUUUGGCCCACUUAGAGAAGUCAAUCGGGAUGAUGCAUUCAUUUCUGAUCCAUUUUACGAACUAAUAGCUUCUGGAAAUAGUACCAAGGUACCUCUAUUACUGGGACACAACCUAGAAGAAGGCUUAUCCUUUUUUUUAGGUUUGGAUGCUGUUAAAACUUCUGCUGCUAAUUACGAUGCACAUCUUAAACUAGUCGUGCCAUCUAUGUCUAAAAAUGGAUCUGAUGCUGUCAAAAUAGAUGAAGAAAUUCGAGCUGAAUAUGUGGGAGGAGGUGGAAAUUUUAGUGAUAAUUUAGGAAAGUUCAUGAAGUGGGUGAGUGAUAAGAAGUAUGUUAGAAGUACCUACAAGACUGUUAUACUGGAAUCUCAGUUUGUGCCAGUUUAUAUGUACGAAUUUGUAUUUUAUGGAACAGGCAGUGAAGGACAUGUGGUCGUACCAGGAGCUGGAGAUAUUGGUCAUGGGGAUGAACUCGUUUAUCUCUUCAAUAUGAGCAGACAUCUUAAAACUGACGAAGACUACCUCACCAGAAGUAGAUUAGUAAAAUUAUGGACUAACUUUGCCAAAACACAUAACCCUACUCCUGAUGAUGACGCAUCUGGUGUUCUUCAAAACGUCAAAUGGGAACGCGCCCUACCUGAUAAAGUUCAAUAUUUGGAAAUUGGAGAUAAUUUGACAAUGAAACUUACUGACAGAAAGAAUCUGACAAUAUUUUGGGAUUAUAUUUGGAAUACUUACUCAUAUCAUCCUUAUAACACAUUUUAAAUUAAUAAAGAAUGUAAUAAUAUAA